AUGUUGCCUGUUGAAAACCAAGUCCCCGCCUCACUGUCUCGGUCUCGCACCCUUGUGCUCCUGUCGAUAAGUUUUCGACAAAUGUGCACUGGGGCUGUUCUGUUGCCGUUUUUGGGGCUCCUCACUUGCUUGAUCACUGCAUACAUUUUCCAGCCGGACGACAUUCAUGAGACUCACUGUCGGGUUUACAACAUCAUACCAUCCAUCAGUGCCAUCACAGGAGUCAGUCCACAGCGUUAUUUGUGGCGGAUCUGUGUGGCAUUUCAUGUUGGGCCCAGAGUAGUCAUAGCAUUUGUGUACUAUGCACAUUACUUAUCGGUUAUCAUGCAAAGACCGUUAUCUGAAAGACCCCGUUUUAUAAAGCAUUUGCGUCUCUGCUUUUGGCUCAGCAUGAUUGAAAUUGGCACUCUCUGUGGUGUAACUUAUGUAUCCAACCGUGAAAACUACCCUCUCCAUGAAAAAAUAUUCAUUGGGUUUAUGGUAUCCUCUUUGGUCUACAUGCUUACUUUGGUUCGUUUGAUUCGUGCAUUGCGCCCAGACAUGACACCUAAUGAGUUUAACUCAUACCGUAUCAAGAAAGGUCUGUUUGUGGUGUCUAUUGUGAGCACUGUUGGUUUGAUUGUGUUUUUCCUUAAGCACCGAUUGCUGUGCCAUGACAUGGCAUUCAGCUGGUUUGCAUUCUGUGAGUAUGUUGUUGCAUCCUGCAACAUGGCUUACCACUUCACAGUGGUUCUUGAUUUUCCUGCUGAACACAUCAUGGUAGGAAAAGGCCUCAGUGUGCAGCUUUUGUCAGAAUCCAAUGUUGAUGUUGAAGAAUUGCCAACUGUCCAUCAGAAAAAAGAGUAGAUCAUCAUGUGCUCAACAUUUGACUGAUACUCGAUGAAAAUAUGUCAGAAGCAGUGCAUGCUUUUUUUUAUUUGUUUCUAAUGGUGAAGUUUAAGUUUUUAUUUAUUUACAUCCUUUUAAUGAAAUUUGCUUUUGAAAUUUUGCAGUUAAUUGACAGAUUCUCUUUAAUUAUUAAUUUUUCUUCUGUGAUUGUAAUAUUUACUGCAUCUAUUAGUUUUUUUUGUAAGUGUGUUUCAUUUGUAGAUGCUAUUUAUUUAAAGAGUCUUGCAUGACCUUUAAUCAAUUUUUUAAAAACCUGUAUGAUUUAGUUUGAUGAAGUGUCAGAAGUUAGGCAACGUAUUGUUGCCUAUCUUCCCAUUAUGACUUAGACAGUUUUUAUAUUAAAUUCAGCAAACAAUAGCUUUGCUGUUAAUGUGCAGACCAAACCAGAACUGUGAGCAAAUCAGAGGACAAAGUUAUGAUUUGAAACAGUUUUGUAUUUGUUUGUUACAUAUCACUUGUGUGGAUAAGCUGUAUUAAUCUUGAAUGUGGUACAUGAUGUUCUCUUCCUCUGGUUGCUCAUUAACUUGAACCAGUUGAGUUGAAUUCUGACACCACCUACGACAUAUUAAUACGCAGCUGAACUCAAAAUCUGUCAGAUUCAGGAUUGUCAGUUCACAUAUCUAUGGCUCAAAUGAUUAUUCUCUUUCUUUCAUCAUUUUUGGAGUCAUUUUUCCUGAUGAUGACAUUCAGGGAAAGUUCAAUUAUUCACUACCAUUAAGUUUAUUCAAGUUCUUAUUUGUAAUCAUUGCAUGUAUGUUUUCCUGUAGAUUGUACUUAAUAUGUCAAGCUAGCUGUGUGCCAGAAUGCCGAUGAAUUAUCUUUGCUUUAAAGAAAUACUCAUUUGCAAGCGUAGCCAUUAGUAUCAAGAUUUUGAACUUCUUUGUGUCUCGUGAUUUUCUUAUAGUAUCAUGUUUCCUUCCCAGAUCUGUAUAUCUGUCCUCAGGUCAAAAUGUGUACUUGAGUGCCAACUCCAACUUUCUCUUAAAAUGUCAUAUGAUAGUACCUUGAGAUUUUCUUAUGUCGCUGUUAUCAUGAAAGUUAAUGCUGUGACAAGUACUGUGCCAAAAGAUCUUAAAGUUGUCAUGGGAGGCAAAAAAAAAAGAAGAAAAAGAUAAGAAAAUGGACUACACACUGAAAACUUCAACUAUUGUAGAGCACGGUUACAGUGUCUUUAGUGUUGUCAAUUACUGUGAAGCUGAUCUAAGACAUUUAAUUAUUUUGUAAUAAUGUCUGACAGCAGUUGGACAUGACACAUAUCACCUAUGUACAUGGUGCCAACUUAUCUUUUUGGAGUUAACAAGUUAGGCACUUUGAUUUUUUUUCUCAACAUUGAUGGUUUUCUUUUGCUGUAGUACUGCCAUGUACUCAUGGAUUAGUGGUCUCUGCCUUUUCUUGUUAGAAGACUGUAUCAUAUACUCUGCUAGUCAUGAGAUCAUUUGUUGUGAUUGUAGAUUGUUACCUAAAUAUGGUAGUUGUGAAUAUUUAUGGUACACUUAAAGGUGCUCUUUACUCAUUGUAUAUUACCUCAUUUAAACUUUUAUUAAGAAAGAAAUGUGAAAUCCCGAUAUCCACUUUUUACCAGUGGAUUAUUAGGAGCGUAGUGUGAUAUUUAUGACUUAUUUUCAGAACAUACUUCUGUAGAAGCAUGAGUUACUACAUUUGUGGACCUUAAAACAUACUAUUGGUAUGUGUGCUGUUCUCGUAGAAAUGCAACAAAUUUCUAUUUCUAUUGUUUUACCGUAGAUUUAGUUUUGGGACCAUACAUCUCAGCCUUCUCAAAACGAUCAAGUGUUUUUAAACAACUGUGGUUCAUCUAAGUGAAAUUCUCCUUUGGGUUUAAUCUUCAAUACUGUUAUAUGCUGAGAUAAAUGUACCCAUCUUAGCAUGUUUAGCUUUUGUUUCUUUUCAGAAGAAUUUUUUGAUUUUUUGACGUAUUAAGUUGAUUUUUUUGUGUUUGGGUGUCUUAUUUCUCAUGAAUUGAGGGAAGGUACAUACCCCUAGUGCUCUCUCCAGAGAGUGGAGUUGAAAGAGUUCAUGACAAAUUAAAAAACUUUUAAUCUUCUUCCUUUUUUCAUUUGAACUAAUGUCUCUCGGAAGAGCAAGGCUCCAUAUGGGGAAUUUCUCUAUUUGAAUGAAGUUAAUCUCAAAAUUAAAGCAUUUACAUUAAUUGUCUAAAAUAAAUUGUUUAUCAUAUUAGAAGUAAGUUUACUAGCACAAAACUAGAUGCACACUUGUUGUUUCUGGAUUUAUUUUAUUUAUUAGAUAAUCACUAUGUAUAUCUGAAGGAUUGGGAACUCUUGUAUGUACAAUUAUGUUAGCUGUUGAAUUUUAAGGUGAAUUAAUGCAGUGGGUUUUGUGCAUGUUCGAACACUGAAGGGAUACAUCACUGCCCAGCGCAUGCAAACAAUCAGGUAGAUACGUGCCAAGGUGGUUUGAUUGGUGCUGUUAUGUAUUUUGUAAAUAAAUGGGUGUGGCAUGUUAACAUAUAUAUUUGUGUGCAAAUUUGUGGAGUGUGCCAGUAAGCAUGCACCGAUUGGGUGACAUUUUACACAAACAGUGCAAAUUUGUGUCCUGCACUUGAAUUAUGUAAUGCUCUCUGUUUUUAAGUGUUCAGUUAAAGUUUGGAUUUUUAAAAAUCUAAUCCUUUUAAAGAAUCUUCUUUCAAAAUGUGGAGUGGAUGAUUUAUUAUUAAAAUAAAACUAGGUAACAGAUCUGCUUCAAUGUAUCGUGGCUUUCAAAGCAAUUCUAGUCUUUUUCUCUCUUUCUUGCGGUCUACACUUUGGAAGCAACUGUACUUGAACAAUGAGCAUGCCUGUAUUUUUACUAUGAACUAAAACCAUUAUAUUUUUUGAACCAAAGGUAUUGUUUAGUACUAAAAUGCAUAUUGCACAUCUGUAAUUUGGCGGAAUAUUUGUACCUGUGAUUGUUAUGCUGAAUGUAUGCAGCAAAAUUUUGAUGUAUAUUGGUUGUUUUGCUGGAAAACAAAUGGUGCAGGGAGUGAUUGGACUGGGGUACAAUGGCAGGGUUUUGUUUACUUAAAAAUUUGUUUGCUUAAGCAACAUAUCUUAUUAUACAAUACAUAAUGAGAACUCAAAUUCUUCUUAAAAUUUAACUCAUAUUAAGAGUACAAUCAAAGUAAUACAGAAGCUCUUCUUAUUGGUUUCUAAUCUUGAUAUUUCCUGUGAAAAUCAAUUUUACUGACCAGUUUGCUUAGCUAGAUGAGCUGCUUUCAGGAUAUCAGUCAUAUAGGAUGUGUGAUGAUUUCACAUGGUAUUCCAUUUCAUCUGUACAACUGCUUUUUCAUCUGAAAAUUUUCUCUCCAGCAAACAAUCUAUUUUUUCUCAUUUGCGUGGAGUCUCACAAAUAUUUUUUGUAGCCACGGAACUUUGAAACAUUAAAAAUAAUAGUACUUGCCCCCUGUAAAGCUCUUGAUUUUUAUUAGUUAAUGACAAAUUCUAUGUAACAUACUUGUAUGUUUCUUCUUAUUUGCUCAAGUUUUGCUCUCUGAUUUGUAGGACUUGUCUUGUGCAAAGUGUUGCAUUCAAACAGUUUUUAGCAGUUACCCGAUGUAUGUAGACAUUUUAUAUGGAAGUAAACAAUAGAUAAUGAGAGAAAAACAGAAGUGGAAAAUUCAUGGGUGUCAUGACCAAUAAAAGACAAACUACCAUGUAUGUGAAAAAGACAAAAAACUCAAGGAGUUUUCCAAUUUUUUGAAAUGAAUCCACAAUUUACUUAGUAUGGCUUUUAGAAUAUUCUGUAUUAACAUGUUUGUUACUGAGCAAAUGGAGUAUUUUUUGCCCGCCUGCCAUUGUGAGCCGAAAAACCAUUCAUGAUUGGUGUACUGUUUGAUUCUCUUUGAUCAAAUAUUGGUUAUAUACCGACUUUGUAUCUUUCCUUAUUUCAAUGCCAGUCAAGUUUUUACAGUGGAAUUCAUCUGAUUGAUUUGUAUUAUGGUGCAAUUGCUGACAUUGUGAUAAUAUAGCAUUCAUCCAGUUUUCAGAAGCCAUUACCAGUAAGCCUUUGCCAAAGAUUGUGAUAGUGUUGAAGAGAAAUUCCUCAACUGAAAUAGGAUGUUUAGCAAGUACUGCUGUAAUUGAGAGUUUAGCAGCAAAAUUUACUAUUAUGAUUGCUCUCUAUGAUAAACUGAUUAUGUAGGUACUCUAUUUCUGUAGGGCAUGGUCCAUAUGUUAAUAGAUUAAUAGAAAAUCCGUUUGAUGGUUUGUUCUGCAAACUUUUCAAUUAGGAUUUCUAUACAAUGCAUGAAUCUGUGAAUUGUGAAUUAACUGAAUGUGUUCCAAGGUACAUUUUUCAUGUUGUGCCCCUGUUGUCUAUCCUACGUCAUACUGAUACGUGUUGUUAUGUUAUUCCAUAUUUUAAAAAUGAAUUUAUCAACAAGAAAAAUCUAUAAAUUCUAUUGUAUGUUUCAAUGUUCUUCAGAUUGACUUUUUAUCUGCUCUCUUUUCUGCCUCAUUUUGGCCUAAAACAUACUGAUCCUACCAUGAGAAUGUGCCUUCUGAAGAAUUGUAUUUGGUCAUGUGUACAACAGCAAUAAAUAACUCUUGAUUUCUCUCUCCUUA